CGCAACCAGUCUCCCCGAAACUUUGGAAGGGUCCAGUCGCGUUUUGUGUGAAAUAAACAAAAAAACUGUAAACAGUACGUCAAAAUACCUUUAAUAACUGACAAUUUAAAUAAAUUAUUAAAGUAGAAUUGUAUUUUUAGUGAUGGAAAUUGAUUUCAACUUAAGUUUGGCUUACAGAUAUGUUUUUUAAGUACAGUUAAGUGUAAUAUUUCGUCGUGUUAUGGUAGUAGCAGGUGCAAGGAAAUCUCGAUGGCCGAGAACGUUAGUUGCGGGGCUGUUGGUGUUCUGCCACAAACGGGAUCGGUGCGGAGACCAAGAGCGCCACGACUGGCAGACAUACCAAGACAUUCAGCGGUCGACGUCAGUGCCGAGACUAACAGAAAAAAUGACGUCGACAAAAGAUGGCAGAAGACGGAUGGAGAUAGGCUGUCAACGUGCACAGAACGUUCUACUUUACUCCGAUCUCAUGCAGCGAAGUCUGCAGAAUGUAGUAGUCACAGCUCCCCUCGCCCGCGCCGCGCGCCCCGCGAGUCCCGGCGUGUGUCACUCGCGCAGGCACCGGGAUACGUUCAGCUCAACCAGUAUCGGCUACUAGAACCAAUUGGUCAGGGUUCCUACGGUAUAGUUAAGUUAGCUUACAACGAAGAGGAUGAUACGCAUUAUGCAAUGAAGAUCCUGUCAAAGCGUAAGUUGAUGCGGCGCGCAGGUCUUUUUGGGAGAGCUCCGCCGCGGCGUCCUGGCCCUGGGCCCCAAGCACCCGGGCCUCCGCCGGACCCAUUGCAGAGGAUCUACAGGGAGAUAGCCGUGCUCAAGAAAUUAGACCAUCCUAAUGUAGUUAAAUUAGUUGAGGUCUUAGACGACCCAGCUGAAGACCAAUUGUACUUAGUGUUCCAGCUGUUAGAAGGAGGUCCUGUGAUAGAUAUACCGACUGAAAAUCCUUUAGAUGAAAACGUAGCAAGAAAAUAUUUUAGAGAUUCAUUACUAGGGAUCGAGUACUUACAUUUUCAACGAAUAGCACACCGUGAUAUCAAACCUGCGAAUUUACUGCUCGGUGAAGGCGGAGUGCAGGUCGCUGAUCUCGGAGCGUGUGGUGAACUGGCAGGCGCGGGGAAACUAUCUGGGGCAGUUGGUACACCCGCCUUUCGAGCACCGGAAGCAUUUGCACCAGCGGAUAAGUAUAUUGGCGAGGCGGCAGAUAUCUGGUCAUUAGGCGUGACAUUGUACGCGAUGGUGACAGGCCGAGUGCCAUGGUGUGGGGAGAGUACAACGGAACUACAAAAGCGGGUCCUAACGGAGCCACUCUCUUUUCCUUCAAAACCAGCGCUCUCUCGACCACUGCGGCGAUUGCUAGCUAGAAUGCUUGACAAAAAUCCAAAUACAAGAGCUUUAAUGCAGGAAAUUAAAGAGCACGAAUGGGUGACGAAUGGUGGCAAAGAUCCUCUUCCAUCGGAACAAGAGAAUUGCAGAUUAGUUGAAGUAACAGAUGAAGAUAUGGCCCGAGUCGUGACUUCAAUACCUAACCUUUCAACAUUAAUACUCAUUAAGACAAUGCUCAAGAAACAUAGUUUUCAGAAUCCCUUCCUACGCAGCCGUGAAGGCAGUGCCCGUAGGGAGUCGAAUGUCGGAGAAACCAUCGACAGUGAAGCGCAUAAGCAAUCAGUUCGGAGAACUGCCCUAUCGAAAUCCGGACGCUCACUUUCGGCCCCCGGAAAUUAUCUUACGGAAAGUCGCCAACCGUCGUUUGAUAUUGGCUUAGAAGCAGUCCAAGAAACGAAGGAAAAACCUGUUGAAACGCCUGUCAAAGAAAAUGGUAAAUUUGAGACAAGAAGGUGAUGCUGCGCGUGGGCGCAUCGCGCUAGAGUUUAAAAAGAAAACCAAAUAGAAGAAAAUCUCAUUCUUUUAACUUUACCUUCCAUCUGUAGCAAUUAUCGCUACUAGAUAUUGUUUACGCAACCUUUAAAAGAAACAUUUAAAACUUCGGAGUGUGAUUCAUGAAAUUUUGGAUUGAAAAUAUUAUUUUUAGGUCCCUAAAAUAUAGAAUUUUUGAUACCAUUUUGUUGUAAAUGGAUAGAUAUAUGUAAUUAUAAAAUAUAUUCAUAAUAUAUUUUCAUAUUAAAAGCCUACAAUCGAGGUUUAUAUUUCAAUCCAUCUGACGAAAAUAGUAACAUCUCAUCGUCUACCGUCUUCAGAGAUGUAACUCGUUGCAUGGAUGGAUUUGUUUUGGUUUACCCUUGUAAAGUCAAAUGUACUUUUAGAUAAAGUGAUAUUUUUAUAUUAUCUGUAAUUAGUUUUAGCAUAGGUUUUGUGAUUCAAUUAUUACUAGUUAUAAUAUAUUUCAUUCCUCAACUAGUCGUAAAAUCCGUAGCUAAAUUGUAAAUAGCAUUUUAUUAUCUUUAUGAACUCUUUCUAUUGUAAGAUACGCACUAUUUUUAUUACUAUAAAGUCACAAUUAUCUACUUAAUAUGUACCUUUAUAUUAUCAUUUAUAUUUUCUUGUCUGUUGGAGUCAUUAAAGUUUUUACAC